AUGACCACCACCACCAAUGCAGGUCAAUGCCAGAACGGGGGCACCUGGCUUGGCACCCAUUGCAAAUGUCCUGAUGGUUAUGAGGGCACGUACUGCCAGUAUGCCAAGGAAACCAUCGAGCUCAAAGAUGUAACGGUGAAUGCAACGGUGGAGAUGAAGGCGAAGAUUGACAACAGGAAUUUCACAGAAGACCUGAAAAAUAAGACCUCUGCAGCUUACCGAGAUUUUGAGAAGGAAUUCAAGGAGCAGAUGAGGAAGGUUUACGAACGUUUAGAGGGCUACCAGGAUGUGGAGAUCCACGAACUGACCAACGGCAGCAUUCUGGUGAACUACACCGUCCUCCUGAAGGUGCUCGUCAGCGCCACAGUGAACGCUACGGUGGAGACCAUCUCCCAAAACCUCGUCAAAGCCAUCAAUAACAACACCUUCUGCAACAGCAGCUGCGUAGGAGCCGACUGUGAUUUCUGUUUCAACUCCAACUUCACCAACAUCACCAGCUACGAGGUGAACGGGGUUGAAAGCAGUCUGUGCGACAAUUACAUCGUGGAGGAGCUCAAGCCCUACUACACCCUGCUCAUCACCAACACCAGCGUCUUCUGCGUUAGCGUAUGUGACAAACGAUCUCCUGAUCCUCACAACUGCGUCCACGGCAAGUGCAUCGUGAUGCUCUCGGGACCACAGUGCGAGUGCUCGGACCAGUCGGCGUUCUGGUACCAAGACAGCAUGUGCAGCUCACGGAUCAGCAAGAUCGGGGUGGCCGUAGGGGUACCGGUGACCGUGUUGGUGGUGACCAUCGCCAUCUUCACCGUCCUCCUGGUGCGGGCUAAGAGGCAGAAGGACGACUACAGGCUCAGUUGA